CUAGAAGCAUCAUGAGUAUAAAAAGCAUCACCCCUCUGUUUGAUUUAAAAGGCCAUGAAGCCUCUGUUCUUGCUGUCGAAUAUGCCAAAACGUCUCUUUUGGGCGAACAUAUUUUAGCUUCGGGCUCUGAGGAUAAUACCUGUCGAUUGUGGGACAUUCGUUCCCAACAAGCCGUGAGAAAAAUCAGCUUGAGCGAACCUGUUACAAGCAUAAAGUUUGGUAAAAAAUCCGGAUCUUCGUCAUUAUAUUUGUCUUCAGGCACAAAAGUUCACACUUUUGAUUUGAGAUCAGAAGGAGCUAGUUUCGCCCAACCAAUCCAAACAUAUGAAUUCAGUAAUGAUGAAAUUAACAGUAUCGACGUGAAUGAAAACAACAAAUAUUUAGCAACUGCUGAUGAUGAUGGCGUUGUGAAUGUCAUUGAUCUUGGUAGUCAUAAAAUUCAUAAGAAGUCCUCAAAGAAGCACAAUAAUAUCUGUAUGUCUGUAAGCUUUCGCGCAAAGAAGUCUUGGGAAGUAUGGUCCGGGGGAAUGGAUAGUAAAUUAUAUGAAUGGGAUUUCUCUCGUGGGUUACCUACCAACAUAUACGAUAUGAAUUCAAAGGAGCCCACAACCGCACAAAUGUUCAAUCCUCCUUUUGUUUAUAAAGUGGCUACAUCACCUGAUGGUGAAUGGAUUGCCGCUAGUCUCGGAGAUUCCACUAUACAAUUAUUAUCACCUCCAAACAAGAAGCAAAAAAGAUUUGAAUUGAAGGAAAUUAGACUUUCUGAUGGUCAUAAUUCAAUGGUCAACUGUUUGUCCUUUUUGACAGGCACUAAAAAUGAACUAAAUCUUAUCUCUGGCGCUGCUAAUGGUAGAGUAGCCAUUUGGAACCCUAGCUCCAAGACACCUAUCCAACAAAUGUAUAAAUUGGAUGAUGCGAUUGGUAAGGUCAAUGAUUUGGAAGCAUAUAUUUUUGGUGAUCACGUCCAAAUUGCAGUUGCUGGUACAGGUGAAUCCGGUGAUUUGGGUGCAUUAAAAGUUUACCAUUUACAAUAAACACACUAUAAAUACGCUCCGGUCUUUGAUA